CGUUGCAGAUAUCCACAUCUCUUUUGACCUUCACCGUACGGACCACACAUCAGGCGUGCUGCAUGUAUGUAUCCGUCCUCCGUACAUAUUCUUUGUCUUCUUCUCUUUCUCACUCGUCCCAAGCUGUCCUAAUUCCCACCCCAUCAAAUCCGCCUUCCCUCUCCGCUUGUGGAGCAGACGAUUCGCGCCAACGUCCACGGGUCGGGGGUAUAGUCUCCACCGAAGCGUGCUUUGAAGACGCUGCAGAAGCUACACAUACCACGGACUUGUUGCAGCUCCAGGGUUCACCUUUGCAAAAAAAUGCUUCCAACUUGUCAAGGCAAGGCAAGGGCCCUGCAUGUAGUGUACGAAGUAGUGUAUGAUGUGGGCGGUGUCUUGGUGCUUCGGGCUGCCUGAUGCCGACCCGACGAGGCAGAAGCAACCUCAUCCUCGCUCAUCUUUCUGUUUUCCCUCCGUGUCUCUCAUUCCCUCCUGUCUCUGCUGGCCCUCUGCUGGCCCUCCGCUGGCCCGUGUCCCCGUUACCAAUGCCCAACGGCAGCCCCGAUCAUGCUUCUCCUUGUAGAAAGGACCGUUCAUCGCUUUUAUUCCGGAGAUUUGGUCUGGGCCUGCUCAUCUGGCCACGGCAAUGCAAUCGCAAAGCGGUAAAAUUAGCUCUUGAACUGUUCAAAUACUGUCCAUAUUUAUGCGCAAAGAGUAGCUAUGCUGGGCUGCGUUGUGCACAUUGUUCGCCAUGUGAAAAAGCACGAAAGGGAAGAGCUCAGCAUCGGCAGGUAUGAAUAGUCACAUAGUCAAAAGAAAGCCUCGCUUCGCUUAGAGGUACACGCGCAAUGCUAUCCGCACUUGCGGGUACAGCGUAUCUCUGAAGUCUGUGAUUGCCCAGGGAGCUACGAAGACAGUUAGGUACACCACCUUAGGUAUUACGGAGCAGAGUACACCACUUGGAGCCCCUACCCGUUAGCUGGGAUGUCAACGUGACGACCAGCGGGGAUCCAAGCAGCGCGCAGACGUUGACCGAGGUCAGGACCACGGCCGACCAGUAAGCGGAGGCGAAAAUGAACCAGGGGUCCAGCUCCGCUAUGCUGCGGGAGGAGGAGGAGGAGGAGGAGGAGGAGGAG